UAGUCCUUCAUCAUGAAUCUCCUAUUUGCUUUGAUCAUCAUCUUCUUCUUCCUUCUUCUUCUUCUGUGGGUUAUUGUUAGAUCAGUGUACUAUGUCAUCUGGGUUCCAUGGAGAAUCCAGCUCCAUUUCCAGAAACAAGGAAUAAGUGGCCCAGGCUACCGUUUGAUCUUCGGAAACUUAGCGGAGUUUCGUGAAUUGAUCGCCGAAGCUCAAGCCAAGUCGAUGCCUUCCUUCAAUCAUGAGAUUGAACAUAGAGUGAUUCCUCACUACCACAAGUGGUCGGCCAUGUACGGAAAGACAUAUCUGUUUUGGUUUGGAUGGAAACCUAGGCUUGCUACAUCAGAUCCAGAUAUUAUUAAGGAGGUUUUGUUGCUUAAUACCUCUGGUUCUUUUGGGAAGGUACCCUUUAACCCUCAUUCUAAGCAGCUUAUGGGAGAUGGGCUCGUUGGAUUGGAGGGUGAGACGUGGGCGAGACACAGAAGGAUCACAACCCAAGCCUUCACCUUGGAAAGAGUCAAGGGUUGGGUGCCAGAAAUCAUAGUUAGCACAUUGAGCAUGUUGGAGCAAUGGGAAGAACAGAGAGAAGGAAGAGAGGAAUUUGAGAUUGAUGUGCAUAAAGAGCUUCACAAUCUCACAGCCGACAUCAUAUCACGUACAGCUUUUGGGAGUAGCUACAGCCAAGGGAAACACAUCUUCCAAUUACAAGAUCAGCAAAUACACCUUGUCUCACAGGCUUUUCGAAGCGUUUACAUUCCUGGUUUCAGGUUUCUGCCUACAAAGAAAAACAGAAUGAGAUGGGCACUGGAAAAGGAAAUUCAAGAAUCGUUACGAAAGCUAAUUAAGAUCAACAGUGAAACCAAUGAAUACUCGAAAAAUCUACUUGGGUUAAUGAUGAGCAAGAACCAAGAAAAAGAAGGACUAGCAGUGGAGGAAAUCAUAGAUGAGUGCAAGACAUUUUACUUUGCAGGGAAGGAAACUAGUGCUAACCAUUUGACAUGGGCUCUUCUACUUCUAGCAUUGCAUCAGGAAUGGCAGAGCAAAGCGCGAGAAGAAAUCAAUCGUGUCUGUGGUGCCACUGGCCUUCCAACUGCAGAGAACUUGAGUGACCUCAAGAUAGUAAGCAUGAUACUCAACGAAACACUCCGUCUGUACCCUCCAGCCAUUAUGAUAACGCGGCAGACGAACAAAGAUGUAAAGGUAGGGUCUCUCAGUAUUCCUGCUUCCACACAGCUUUAUCUAGCCAUGGCCGCUGUGCAUCACGAUGUUCAGAUAUGGGGUGAAGAUGCCAAUGACUUCAAUCCGCUAAGAUUCAAAGAUCAAAGAAAGCAUAUAGCUUCAUUCUUUCCGUUUGGAUUGGGUCCCAGGAUCUGUGUGGGUCAGAAUUUAGCUGUGAUUGAGACUAAAAUUGUUUUAGCAGUUAUACUCAGUAGAUUUUCCUUUACUGUUUCUCCAUCAUAUGUUCAUGCCCCUAUGCAGGUGAUGACGCUGCAACCUCAAUAUGGUGCUCAGAUUCUCUUUACAAACAUCUGAUUAA